AUGGAAAGACGGCCGACGAACUCUAGGUGGACGAUAUAUCCUCAAGAAAUCAAUUUGCAACUCAGAAAACGAUUUCUUUUUAGGCAUGUAACAAAUGGUGUUGGAGGUCGUCCUAAAUAUAAGGAAGUGAAUAUGGUUCUAUUCCCCAUAAAUGUUGUUGCUACCCAUUGGUUUAUGACAGUGCUACAUUUAGAUACCUGGAAAGUAGAUAUUUAUGACUUAACACGAUUCAUGAAUUUCUUCUCAAAGUACCUUAGUGGUGGAGAAUUCAAAAGUUUUGGAGAUAGUAUUAUCUCAGAGUUAGAUGUCAUUGAGUACUGGAACAAUUUCCGGGUUGGAGACAAAGACAAAGCAACUAUGGAGUUUAUUGAUAUUGUAGACGCGCCACAACAUGAAUAUACUCUUGAUAGAGGGGAUUGUGGAGUAAUUGUAUGCAUGUUUAUGGAAAUGAUUGUUUCGGGGGUACUGGUGAAGAUUGAUAACGUAGAGAUGCGGGAUUUCUCUACAGAAAUAGGAUGACAAAUAUUAUUUGGGAUACUAUAUAAGUUGAUUUUGGG